CCUUUCUAGUUCUGCUGAUCACAUCUGGAAAGGAUCUGACUUGGGAAAGGGGGAAAGUGUUCGGCGCUUGGAGUGUGUAACUGACAUGGCAUGAGCAAACAGUGGCUUUCUGUGGGGGGAGACCAGAGAAACAUUUUCCCUUCGGACACUUUCAUCUCUACCAGCUAAACAGAGAAAUGCACUUCACGUUCCAAACUCUGCUACCUGUGCUGUGGUUGCUGGUGCUUUGUUCCAGCUGGAUUCAAGGUCAAAAGAAUGAAGACAGCAACGAGUUUCUGGAAAACUCAUCUGAACUACUUGAUGUGGAAAGUAAUUCCUUGGCUGUGCCUUGUCCUAAAAAAUGCACCUGCAGUCCGGAAGGAAUUGUGGAUUGUGGAGGGUUUUCGCUGAAGGAAUUCCCCAUAGAUAUACCAGAAAUGACAAACCACCUUUCCUUGCAGAAUAACCAGAUAGAAGAAAUCUUUCCGGAAGAACUUGCACGUCUUUUUAGGCUAGAAACGCUCAAUUUGCAAAACAACAGACUCACGUCCAGAGGGCUUCCAGAGGAAAUAUUUGAUCAACUGGAGAACCUGAAUUAUCUGUACCUCGCAAACAAUCAGCUCACAGUUGCUCCAAAAUUGCUCCCAAGGUCUUUGAUUAGUGCAGAUUUUGCAGCCAAUAACCUCACAAAGAUUUAUGAUCUCACAUUUGGACAGAAGCCAAACCUGAGGUCUGUGUACCUUCACAAUAAUAAACUUGAAGAUGCUGGGUUACCAGAGAGUAUGUUCAAUGGUUCUGACAACGUGGAGGUCUUGAUCAUGUCCAGUAAUUUCUUAAAAUAUGUCCCAAAGAACCUGCCACGAGCCCUGUAUAAGCUGCACCUCAAGAAUAACAAGUUGGAGAAGAUUCCCAAAGGAGCUUUCAGUGAGCUCUCAGGACUUCGGGAGCUGUAUUUGCAGAACAACAAAUUGACAAACGAAGGCAUGGACAAUGAAACUUUCUGGAAACUUUCAAGCCUAGAGUAUCUGGAUUUGUCCAGCAAUAAUCUUUCCCACAUCCCUGCUGGCUUACCUCGAAACAUUGUCCUCCUCCAUCUAGAGAAGAAUGCAAUUAAAUCAAUUGGCGCAGAUGUCUUAACUCAGAUCAAGAACCUGGAGUACCUGCUCCUUCACAAUAACAAACUGAAGGCCCGUGGGAUCCACCAGCAGGCUUUCCAAGGCCUGAAGAAGUUGCACACCGUCCAUUUGUACAAUAACCAGUUGGAAAAAAUUCCCAGUGGGCUACCCAGACGGGUGAAAACUCUUAUGAUUCUUCACAACCAGAUCUCAGAAAUUGGUAGGAAUGAUUUUGCUUCCACUUAUUUUUUGGAGGAAUUAAACCUGAGUUACAACAAAAUCACCAGCUCACAGAUUCAUCGGGAAGCCUUCCGUAAGCUGAGGCUAUUGAAGUCCUUGGAUCUUUCAGGCAAUAACCUUCAAACCUUGCCUUAUGGCUUCCCAAAGAACCUGCAAAGCCUGAAGCUGAAGGUGAAUGAGAUCAGCUCCAUUUCCAAGGGCACCUUGUCUGGGAUGGCGAAGUUGCAAGAGCUCUAUCUGAGCAACAACAAACUGAAAAGCAGCUCAGUUUACAGUAAUGCAUGGCGGGAUCUCACCAGUCUCAAGACAUUAGACAUGGCCAGCAAUCUACUGACUUCUAUACCAUCUGAUUUGCCUGAAUCUCUGGAAUAUCUGUAUCUCCAGAACAACAAGAUCACCACAGUGCCAGAAGAUGCCUUUGCAUCCACACCUAACAUAAAGGGAAUCUAUCUCAGGUUUAACAAGAUUGCAUUCAAUGCAGUAAAAGAGAGCACCUUCCACAGACUGAAGCAUCUGCAAGUGCUAGACAUUGAAGGGAACUUUGAGUUUAGUGACCCUUUGAAGAAUGGAUCAGAUGAAGACAUGGAGGAAGAAGAGGAAGAAGAGGAACAGGAAGUGGAGGAAAACUGAGUGCAGAGACCUUGACUGAAUCAAGCAUGGCCCUGCUCAUGAGUUGCUAAGUUAGCCAAUAAACAUUUAUGACAGGGCAUAAAUUUCUGCUAGUGCAAUACCAGAAUUGGCAACAUGACAAGGUCAGCAGAGUGUGGCACAGGGAUUGUACCAACACAGUAGUAUCAAAUCUGUCAUGGCUUUCCAGCAAGGCAUAGCCGAUUGCUGUAUUCACAUCAUCCCACAGAUUGAUGGAGAAGUUUAUAGCUACAUCAGUUUGCAUCCUGCAUUUUUUAGUUCACAUAUACAUACAGUUAAUAACUGAGUUGUGGGAUAAUAUCAUUGCUAUAUGAUAGUAACUGUGGUGCAUGGAAACCUGUCCCAUGUAGUGUUCUUGUGAAAGUACAUAAAGAAGUAUUUUCCUGUGGCAGCUUCUGACAAUAGGAUGUUGCUUUGUACACAGUCUGACUGGUCCACGUAAAUCAGGUGUGUUCAGAAGAGUGCAUUGAUUGGGCCCAAACCCUUUCAGCAAACACAUUAUUGCCAUAGAUCUGCCUUAAGUUCUGAUCCUUCGCUCCAGUUUUGUUGCACUUUGAAUACUAGUUGCCAGUGUUAUAAAUAGGGUAAGAAUGAAGCCAGAUGGGGUAAAAUGUAGUGAAUACAUAACAUUCUGACUAAAUGUUUUGCAAGAACUCAUUCAGCAAAUUGGCAUGUAUCCUCGUUUUUGUAUAUUUAUCUAUCUAUAUGUCUGUAUCUCUAUAGGUAUACAGAGUGCACUUAGGAGAAGUGCAACAAAUUACACACAAGUAGUUGGCUUGUAUGACAUUUGACCAGGCAGCACAUGAUCUGCAACAUUCCAAAUCUUCUACUUUGCGUAUUCGCAAAAGCUUUCACGGCCGUGAUCUAAUGGUGGUUGUGGGUUUUUCGGGCUCUUUGGCCAUGUUCUUCUACUUUGCCUUUACGAAGUAUUUUCUGGAUCAUCAGGGAUUUAGGGGGAAUUUUCAAAAGCUGGCUUUUGUUUCCCUUCUUUUACUUCUUCCACAGUAAUUGUCUUUAAACAAUAGUUUACAGAUUAUUUCCCAAAUUAACGUCACUUUCUCUGUGUAUUUGGAUGAACCACUGCCCUCAGUGAUGUGAAAAAAGGAUAUCAUUUCAUGUGAGCUUCUUUCUGUCAAACAAACUGAGGCAUCUCAACUUCAGAUCAAAUCAAAUGACAAACUUGUCACAUUGGACGUGUAACAACAACAACAACAAAAAGAACAAAAGAGUUAUGGCACCUUAAUAAGGACCCACAGUAUGACCCUUUAACCCUUUCUUGGGUUAAAGGCCAUUUUGUCAGUUACAAGGACUCCUCUUGCUGGAUGCUUCUAUCCCUUUUUUGCUUCAGUUCAAUAUGUAUAUAUAGAUUUUUUUUUUAAAAAAAAAAUCAUAUUAUGGCUGGAUCCCAUUUAUAAUUUAUCCCAACUUCCAGAAUCUGAAA